AUGGUCCGUGUAUCCGUCGUAUCCAAUCACGUCCGACGACGCGAAAAAGGCAUUGCCGACAAUCAGCCCCAGCACGCCCGCAAUACCGUGCUCGGCCAUCACAUCCAGACUGUCAUCCACUUUAAGCCACACCUUGAGCUUGGUCGAGUAGUUGCACACCACUCCGGUUACCACCCCGAGUACCACCGACGCCCACAGUGGGAUGCAGCCCGACGACGGCGUCGCCGCCACAAGACCGGAGAUGAUGCCAGAACACAGCCCCACCGUCGAGAAGUGGUGGUUGAUCCGGAAAUCCAGCAGACACCAGGUGAUUCCUCCAAACGCAGCGCACAUGUUCGAGUUCAUGAUGGCGUAGAUCGAUUUGUACGAAGGCUUGAUGCACGUGAGCCCGUUGAAGCCCAGCCAUCCGAACCACAGCAUCGCCUCCAGCGCCCAGCCGUCAGGACCCCAGACCCAGUACGCAACGGGACAGUAAACGAGAGUGAGCCAGAAAAACGAGAAGAUCAUCGCCGGAAGCACGCGGCCGCGCUCGCACACAGACCCGAGCAGAAUGCAAAUGGUGAUGGUGGAAAACAUGCCCUGGAAGUUGGCAAAGGCCAUCUCUGGGUAGCCUUUCUCGUCGUCUCCGAGAGUGGUCAAAACGCCGAGGUUCUGGUACCCAAAGUUGUGCAAGUUGCCAAUGAAUUUGUUGCUGGCGGACGAAGAGAACGCCAGCGAGUAUCCCCAGAAGUACCACUGGAAUUGGGCAAUGCAAAUGGCUGCGAAGGUGAUGAAUAUCAUGUGCAAAGCCGACUUUCUCCUGGCAAGGCCAGAGUAGAGAUAGGCCAGACCGAAGCACAUCACGAGCACUAG